AUGAAAGCUCUAGAAACGCUUGGACAGAAGCCGAAAGAGUGGGGCCCGCUAUUUUUGACGAUAUUAUUACUGAAAUUAAACAACGAGACGUUGAAAGAGUGGGAGAUUAAAUCGGUUAAGGACAAAAUACCGUCCUUUACGGAAUUAAUCCAGUUCAUAGAGGAUCGAUUCCAAAUAUCCGAAUCCAUUGAAUCGUCGAAAUAUAUAAAUUCAGAGUCUGCAGCAAAGGAAAAAGGUCUUACAAAGUUUAGUAAAAAUAAUAAAUACAAAGCCGCAACAAGUUCAACGGCAUUUACAUCGACAGUAACGGCUGAUAUGCGUGUAAUCAGUCGCAAGCAGUAG